CUUACAUCAGCCAGGUAGGAAAUCAACUCGUGGAGUCUCCGGUUUGGUCGCUGCCCCGGGAACUGUCUAAUGCGACAUGCUACUACUAAUUCCUCCCAUGCCUCAUAUACAUAUCCUCUAACAGCCUUGUCUGCCCGUUGAGUUUAUGAGAAUAUUGAAAGCAGCAAGGCCGGGAACCUAUUUUCUCUCGCAGUACAUACAUUGACAAGCAGCUCUCACUUGGGCCCCUAGGAGAACCCUGCACAAGGAAUCUACCAUCUUUGUGCCCUCAUUCGUGCAGCAUCUCAAGUCAAGCGUCGAACACUAGGUAUACAACAAUGCAUUGAGGCAAACAAGCUUUUACUGGAUCCUCUCAGUUGAUCAAGCAAAGUGCCCAUUCACCGAAGCAGCAGGCGUUCGUAUGUGUUGCAUCGCACUGGCCUUUAUAUUGCCGUCGUUCCACUUGUCUCAUUCCAACUUCAUCUCAUACAGCUCGCCUCCGACUCCAUAGGAUAUCAACCUGGCUAGCCUGGCCCAGCUGAGGUCUGUUACCAUGGAGCAGAACAUGGUCUGUCCCUUUUGUGCGAAGGCUAGUGGAGGAGAGCUCGAGAUGUUGCUGCACAUGGAGACUUUCCACCCCGAGGAAGACGAUUCUCACUCUUUCGCACCCGCAACUGGGACGCCGCGAGAGCAGUAUGCCGACUGUCCAAUCGAGGGAUGCGGUGAAAGCAUUCCUCUGGCAGAAAUCGACUAUCAUAUGGACCUUCACCUAGAAGAAGACCGCCAAGUUGCUGAGAACCCUAAUUCCCAAGCCGUCAUCCAAUCUCGGCGACCCAAUACUUCAACUGUUGCCGCCGCCUCUAGUAGCCACCGCGAAACCGCUGCCGAAGGUCAGAAUGCGAGCGUUGAGCAAUGGGGAAAACUGCUGUCGCUCACAGCAAAGUCGAAAGGCAAGGAUGGAGAGAAACGACUCGGAAAAGCAGAGCUGGGGAAAUAUGCGCAUGAACAGCAGAUGCCAGACUGGCUCGUAACUCUUCUUCAUAAAGGCGGCGAAGUCAAGAGCGACGGGGUGAUUUCUGUUCUCGAGCAGCUCUUGAGCCAGAGCAAGUCCACCGAAUAUGCCUACUUAUGCGACCCGGCCGUCCAGCAUGUAUCAAAGCUCAAGAAAGAAGGUAUCGUAGUCGCGACAAACUCAUUGGGAAAAGCUGAUGCUCAAUCACUUCUAGGAGGUUUUUGCGGCUAUCGCAAUAUUCAAAUGAUGAUUUCUUACAUCAUUGGCGCCAAUGCCCCUGGCGUGGAUCGUUUUCAGGGCCGACUGCCUACUAUAUUCGAGAUCCAGGAACUCAUCGAGAGAGCCUGGGACCUCGGUAUCAAUUCCCAGGGGCGGGUUGAAACCGGUGGCAUCAAGGGGACUCGCAAGUAUAUUGGUACUCCAGAGGCCCAGGCACUCUUCGUUGGCCUUCAAAUACCAUGCACUGCUCAGGGGUUCAGAGACCAGGAACAAGGAAAGUCUGAGGCCAAGCUGAUGAUGGCCGUCGAGCAGUACUUCAAGCAGGAAGUGCAUCGCCAAGGCUCAAAAGUAACCUGCACGUCACUUCCGCCCAUAUACUUCCAGCAUGCCGGCCAUUCAUUGACAAUCGUUGGCUUCGAAAAACAAAAGCAUGGCACUGCUAAUCUGCUCGUCUUUGACCCCGUAUUUCGCGAUCCACCCGCGCUUGCCCGGCUUAUUGGCCAAACUUUUAAGCACAAAUCAGCAGAUGAAUCUCUAAAGCCAUAUCGCCGGGGCGCCAAGUACCUUCGACGAUACCGCGAGUUCGAAAUCCUGAGACUUGAUAGCCGAAUUGCUGUGACCUCGACAGUGCGCAGUAGCUCUUUAAUUUAGAAUCGGUUCAAGAGCUGUCAAAUCGAUCAGGCCCGAUCGUGUGCGUCUCAUCUAUGGCGGUCACUCGGCUCGCUGUUGAGCGAACCAGUCCUGCAACUUGGCGAGAGCAAGACCGCGGUGAGAGAUCUUGUUUUUGGCCGCCUUGUCCAUCUCGGCAUAGCUUGAUGACUCAUUAGCGAGGCAAACAUCUGCCAACACUCGAUGGUAGACUUACGUCUGGCCAUUGUAUUCGAAAAUGGCAUCCCACCCUUGAUGUGGUUAGCAACAACACACCGGAAAGAUUACACCACGGUGUGCCAGAGUCCUGCUUACCAAAGUCAACCGGGCCUCGAGGCGGCACGAUCUUGCCCUAGUUAAAACGUUGGCAAAGGUUUAGGAACGAACAACAAUGUUGGUUGCUUACUCUGGUCCGUCCCUGGAAGAGGAGAGGUUCGCUUCCGGGACCCGGCGAGUAGGCAAAGGUGCAUACGGCAUCGGCGGAUUUAUCCUCAUAGGCAACUAGUAGAUUGUUUAGGCCUUGGUGGCCGAUGGAUUCCAUGAACCAUUUUCUGGGUGAGAACGGUCAGUCAUCGAAGACAGUGCGAGGCGGGUAGACAGGAAUGCGUAUCGGCCCCAACAUAACCUACAUAUAAGGGCCUGGGAGAUCACCGAGAGCCUUAAAGCAGAGACAAGUGUCUUCAACCAGGACAGGCCCUUGGAUCUAGAAGAUGAUCAAACGGAAUGAAUUAACAUGCUAAGGAUUACACUCUGUGUGUUUCGAGAUACCGCUACUCACAGUCUCGGCAGCCUUGCGACAUUUGGCUAGGGUGACUUCCUCAACUGUGCCUUGAACCUCCUCGAGGUCAACAGCGUGGCUUUGUACCGUGAUUGCUGGUUCCAGGAUGGCCUUGACCUCCCGCAACUUAUUGGCAUUGCCAGUGAUGAAUUUGACCGUCGGUGGGGUAGCCAUGACGAAGAGAUGGGAAAGGCUAAAGUUCCGGUCCGGUGAAGAGGUGUGCUG